GGGGCUUAGAUCGCUAAACUAACAUCUCAAUGACCCUCUGCUCUACCUAUUAGCAUUUAAAGUCCUUCGGUUGACAGCUUGAUUGUUUUUACUUGUAGGAUAAAAUCUUUAAUGCCCCUGUGGAAAGAUCAUUUCAACAAUCGGCAACAGAUGUUGCGGAUGGUGAAGACAGUCUAUAUCUCCUAGCCAGUUUGGUAGACACUUAGCAGGCUAGAUAACCAAUGAAAAUCCACCUGGAAGAAUCGGACACCCUCCACUUUAGCGAAUACCUCCUCCUUGUCUGCUGGCCAAUCAGCUUCUACCUUUCUCUAUCAAUCCGUGCCUCUUGCUCCAAACAUAAGUUGCUGGCAUCACCUUUGUGGCAAAAAGUCAAACCAAAAUACAAACCUGUUUUAACUUCUCGAAUAAACUUUCACUGAAGUCGUUAUAAAAUAAACACGGAUAUGUAACGCAUGUCAUAGAAGUGUAACCCGCGGAAGUGAACGUCACGGAGUAAAGCCUAAACAGUUGUCACUAAAGUUGAGAGAAUAGAGUGCCUUCAGAAAGGAACAGGGCAGAGAUUUCCAUGUCUGUUCUCAUGCCGGAGGCGAUGGAACAACCGCUACAAUACGGCGAGGUGAACCAGCUAGGGGGCAUGUUCGUGAACGGUCGCCCCCUCCCCACUGCCAUCCGAUUGCGCAUUGUCGAAUUAGCUCAGAUGGGCGUCCGACCUUGCGACAUAAGUAGACAAUUGCGCGUCUCGCACGGCUGCGUUAGCAAGAUCCUGGCCAGAUACAACGAAACUGGGUCCAUUCUGCCUGGAGCCAUAGGCGGGAGUAAGCCUAGAGUUACAACCCCUCAUGUAGUUAAACAUAUCAAGGUCUACAAGGAGCGAGAUCCUGGUAUAUUCGCUUGGGAAAUCAGAGACAAACUGUUAGCCGAUGGUGUAUGCGAUAAAUUCAAUGUGCCCUCUGUUAGUUCAAUAAGUAGGAUAUUACGCAACAAGAUAGGGACAUUACAACAUCUAAACGGACAGUACGACACAGUUACUUAUAAACCCCCUGCAACAGAACCCAGAACUUUUUAUAAUCCCAUCUAUCCGUAUACCUGCACCCCCAGUGGGCUCACGAUGCCCGGGGCACAGCUUAGUUCCCAGCAACCAGGGUUACAGUUAUCCCCAAAGCAAGCAAUGGCACCAAUGGGAAUGGGAAGUAUGGGAACAAUGGGGAGCGUCUCUGGUAUGAACGCUAGUCCACUGCGACCUUGGCACACACCACAUUCCGUCAAUAAUCUGCUAGGCAUCACUCCCGGGCAUUCUCACUCCGUAUUCCCGGGGAGCCAGUCGACCGUGGUGACGUCAAGUUCAUGCAUGAAAGCGGAGACAAUGACUCAGACAAUGUCGUUAAGUCAAAAUGCUGCCAAUUAUGGAUACUAUUGUGCAAUGGCCCAGUCAAUACCUCCAAUGUAUCUUCAGAGUUGACAGCGUCAACGUUGACUUGUUUUGUGUAUUGAUCGUUUGCGUCAGCAUUCUGUUCACGUCAGCAGCGUCAACACAUAUCGAUAUAUCUGGACGUGUCUUGAACAUUUGUACACCAUCCAUAUGACAUAGUCAUUCACAAAGCUAUGACAAGACAAACAGCGCUAACCUUUUUAAAAGAAGAUAACUAUAUAUAAGGUAUGCAAAUGUCUCAGAUCCAUAAAAUUGUGACGACCUUUGGAGAUGUCGCAGCCAUUCGUGAAAUUCCGUCCUGACAUAUAUUUAUUGGGCAAUGGACUAUAAAAGUAGCCGAGGAAAGAAAUCGUUUUUAUUUUUUAACAUUCAUUUUUUGCGACCGUCUGUUCAAUUAACCAAAUUGUAAAACGCAGAAUUGUGUACAAUAGAGACCCAUAGAAGCUAAUAAAGAGGACACAAUCUUUGCUUUGAAUAUAUUCUGGGGUUGAAAUAGUAUUCAUUUCUUUUUGUCACAAAAUAAUUUUUUGGACAAAAUAAUACCAGGCUGACACGUCGCAAAUAGUUCGCGCACGUAAUUGUUACACAUUUUCGCUUUUUAACACGACAGAAUGUGACGUUUUUGAGAAAAUGUACACAUUUGGAAAUCCUUUCGUCCUCCACAGACAUUUGCCUCUAUAUCUCAAAAUAUUUAAGACGAAUAACUCUGAUAUCGUAUACAUAUUAACAAUGGGUUA